AUAAGACACGAACGAUUUUCUCAUUAGGAGGUUGGCUGGAGAAAAUUCAGAAUCGUUGUACGCGAUAUAUACACGGUAUACACACACAGAAAAUGGCAUCAGCACAAUGGAUUUUUUUAGCGCUCGUCGCGCUCGUAGUCAUCGUAGAUCUAUCCUCGGCCAAGCCGAUGUGGUCGGCACCAUACGGAUACUGGAAUCCGUACACUCAUUUGCGGACGACGACCCUACGACCCGAUAUUGCGCUUGAGCUUCAGGACGUGUCACCGCCGCCCUAUGAGAAUUUCGCGCCACCCUCGUACGAAUCGCUGGCCUACUCCAUCGUGCCAGGCGAUCGAACAACGACCGAACCGACGACCACAACAUCGACGACCGAACGAUCUCAAACAGGCUGUCUCGGCGAUAAUUGCGUCAUAAAUUGAUAAAAAUAAAUGAAUAUAAAAAUUAUAAAAAAAAAAUCUCAAUGCCGUGUCAAGUGCCUCCUGCUCAAGAGUGCGUGUGAAAAGCGCGGUGCAAUUCGAGCGCGUUACACAUC